CUCUUUCUCCGCUCCUGUCCGUGACCGAUAGUGACCUCGGUUUCUGCAGCAGCUUCUCCAGCAACUUGAACGGGGUCAAGACACACAGAACCUGCCCAGGAAGACGGCACCCCAAGCAGCCCCAGGCGGGAGAAGAUGGCCGGGAUUUUCGGGAAGAUCUUCGUGGGUAUUUACGUGGAGAUAAAACGGAGCGACGGCCGAAUACACCAGGCCAUGGUCACAUCGCUGCAUGACGACAAUGAGAGCGUGACAGUGGAGUGGAUCGAGAACGGGGACACCAAAGGGAAAGAGAUCGACCUGGAGAGCAUUUUCGCCCUAAAUCCAGAUGUUGCUCCUGAUGAGGAGAUACCACAAAGUCCAGAGACUCCGCUUCCUCCGUCCAGUGUUGCCAAAACCAGCAAAGUCCCCAAGACCAGACGGAUUACAGCUAUACCCAAGCCUGAGAAUGCACCACGAGAGAACAGAGCUGCAGCUGUGGGAACCACCCGGGCUCGUCCCAGCCAGCACAGCCAAGCUGCAGAGCCGCCUCCGCCCGCCAUCGCUCCCCAGCCUGCACUCAACCAGACCCUGUUACAGCAGCAGAAUGCCCGAAGGAAAUCGAACUGUGUCAAGGAAGUGGAGAAACUGCAGGAAAAACGAGAGAAGAGGCGACUUCAGCAGCAGGAGCUACGAGAGAAGAGAGCACAGGAGGUGGACGUUAAUUUACCAAACUAUGAGAUCAUGUGCAUGAUCAGAGACUUCAGAGCCAGUCUGGACUACAGGCCUCUAACCACCAAUGACCUGAUUGAGGAGCACAGGAUAUGUGUUUGUGUACGAGCACGUCCCCUCAAUAAAAAAGAGCUGACAGCGAAGGAGUUGGAUGUAAUCACCAUUCCCAGUAAGGACGUGGUGAUGGUGCAUGAGCCCAAGCAGAAAGUGGACCUGACCCGCUACUUGGAGAACCAAACCUUCCGCUUUGACUACGCCUUUGAUGAGAACUCCACAAAUGAAAUGGUUUACAGAUUCACCGCUCAGCCGCUGGUUGAGACCAUUUUUGAGAGGGGAAUGGCAACAUGCUUUGCAUAUGGACAGACUGGGAGUGGGAAAACACACACGAUGGGAGGAGACUUUUCAGGAAAGAACCAGGACUGCUCUAAAGGGAUCUAUGCGCUGUCGGCCAGAGAUGUUUUCCUCAUGUUAAAGAAGCCAAAUUACAAGAAGUUGGAUUUGCAAGUUUUUGCCACAUUCUUUGAGAUUUACAGCGGGAAGGUGUUUGACUUACUCAACCGCAAAGCUAAGUUACGGGUCCUGGAGGACGGGAAGCAGCAGGUGCAGGUGGUGGGGCUGCAGGAGAGGGAGGUGAAGUGCACAGAGGACGUCCUCAAACUCAUUGAAGUGGGAAAUAGUUGCAGGACCUCUGGUCAGACAUCAGCCAACGCCCACUCUUCCCGGAGCCACGCUGUUUUCCAGAUUAUCCUGCGUCGACGAGGGAAGAUGCACGGAAAGUUUUCCCUCAUUGACCUGGCGGGCAAUGAGAGAGGGGCGGACACGUCCAGCGCCGACCGGCAGACCCGCCUCGAAGGAGCCGAAAUCAACAAGAGCCUGCUGGCACUGAAGGAAUGCAUUCGAGCCCUGGGCAGAAACAAGCCUCACACUCCGUUCAGGGCCAGUAAGCUAACCCAGGUGCUGCGGGACUCCUUCAUAGGAGAGAACUCGCGAACGUGUAUGAUUGCAACCAUCUCUCCUGGAAUGGCCUCUUGUGAAAACACUCUGAACACACUGAGAUACGCCAACAGGGUAAAGGAGUUUGGGAUAAGUCCCUCAGACAUCCCCUUCACCCAGAGCGGAGGCGGUGGUGGACGUUCAGAGCUCUCCCCUACUUACGAGGUGAAGGAGCUCUCUGUGGACCCGGCCGCUGUGAUGGAGCUCCGUCAGGGAGGACACAUCAACCAGCUGGAGGUGCUGGAGGCUCAGUGGGGGGUCGGGAGCUCUCCACAGAGGGACGAUCUGAAGCUUCUCUGCGAACAAAACGAGGAGGAGGUAUCACCACAGCUCUUCACUUUCCAUGAAGCAGUCUCUCAGCUGGUGGAGAUGGAGGAGCAGGUUCUGGAGGAUCACAGGGCCGUGUUCCAGGAGUCAAUCCGCUGGCUGGAAGACGAGAAGGUGCUUUUGGAAAUGACGGAGGAGGUCGACUACGACGUCGAGUCAUAUGCAACUCAACUAGAACAAAUCCUGGACCAGAAGAUCGACAUUCUCACCGAGCUGAGAGAUAAAGUCAAGUCCUUCCGCUGUGCACUCCAGGAGGAGGAACAAGCUAGUAAACAAAUCACCCCAAAGCGGCCUCGUGCUCUAUAGACUCAGACACCAUGAGAUUCUACUGUAAAACUGACUGACGUGAUGAGUCUGUCUUUUAGGAGGUUGCUUAAUCAUGACCUACUGUCUCUGUACUGGUCCCCUCACUCAAACCGUCUGCUGUUCAGGCUGCCAUCGCUUCCUUUCAAGCCAUUCAGCUGCCAUACAUCUGUAAACCCAGAGCCAACUGGUCUCGCUCUCCAUCCCAGUUCAUUCUCCUGUGCCGUAUAUUUACUAAGCUUCUGUACAUGUGAUGAGUCACAAGUGCUUCAUUUUAAAAAACAAGAAGGUGAACAAAUAAUCUUUUUAUAGGGUUGAUACAGCUUAUCCCCAGUACAAUUUUUUUAAACAGCUGUUGCCAUUUUGUGCAAUAUUUGGAGGAUGGUCAUGCAUUUCUUCCUCUUGUUUCAGCCCUGGGCUGAUUGGUGCAUGUGUAAAACGAGCCACUGAGUGUUUGUGUUCAUACUGUAUGUAAUAAAGGUUUGAUUGAGACGAAGCAAAA